AUGUCUUCCACGCAAGGAUCGCCCUCUCUCACUGAUAAGGAUGACAGUGUCUCUGAUAUAGAAGAAGCUAGGCCUAUAGAGACUGAAGACAAGGUUCAGGAGUCAAAGCCUAAGGUCGAUUUGUCACUAUUGAUACAGUUCCUUAUUCUUGGAUUUGUGGCAUUGGCCCCUUGGAACUUCGUCUUGGCUGAUUUACCUUAUCUGGACUCCAAGUUCCAUAAUCACUUCAGCUCGACUGUCCCUAUUAUCUACUCUGUCGCUGUCAACGUGGCUCAGCUUCUAUUGAUCUGGGUAGGUAACAAGUUCAGCUUUGCACCCCGUUUCGAUUGGGGUUGUGGCAUCUUGGCUAUCUUCAACAUCCUCCUUGCUGUUGUUGCUAUGACUAUUGGUGAUGGGAAUCCGUGUCCCGAUGAAGGUUUAGGUUUCGGCCUUGCUCUGGUCUGUGUCUUCUUGCUCGGUUUUGGUCAUGCGUUGAUGGAGUCUUCUUCCUUCGGUCUUGCAGCUCUUUGUCCAACGUCAUGCAUGAUCGCCGAUAUGACUGGUGAAGGUGUGGCCGGUUUGGUUGGUUGGCCUAUCAAUAUGUUAUUACAAGUCAUUUUCGAAGCUGGUCGUGUUAGGCGCCAAGAAGAGUGGCAGUGUCUCGUUUUUUUCUGUGUUACAUCUGUCAUCACUGUCUUCGUUAUUCCUAUGUAUCGAUGCUUUACCUCCAAGCACCCUUAUAUGAGAGAGGUGUUGAAGAUCGAGGAGAAACGUAAGACUACCAGUUUGAAGACCCGUCAGACUAGACGUCCCGUUAUUUACAUUCUGAAGGAUGUUCUACCUAUGGCCAUUUGUGCAUGGGGUACUAUGACUGUCACUUUCGUGGUCUUCCCUGCACAAGUGUCCUAUUGGAAGUCCGAGGAUCCUAGCAAUACUGACUUCGUAGCGCAGGUUAUCUACACCUUCCAGGUUGUGGAUACCAUCGGACGUUUCGCGCCGAGUUUAAAGUUCAACAUGCCUGAAUGGUGUCUGAUGAUUUGGGUUGCUGCUCGUCUCAUCUACAUUCCAUUGUUCAUAUGUAUAAGUUUGUACCCAAUGCUGGUUCCAUUCUACUAUGAUUGGUUCAAACAUCUCGUGAUGGGUUGUUUCGCCAUUACUAACGGUAGUGGUUGUACUCUAGCGAUGAUGAAAGGCCCUGAUCAUGCGAAAGGAGCCGCUGAAGAGGAGGUUUCUGGGUAUGUUAUGGCGUUUGGCCUUAUCUCCGGUAUUUUGACUGGAAGUAUCUUCGGCCUUAUUGGUAACAUAUGUCUUGGACAGAGUUCGUAG